UACGGUCGAAUAUCGCCCUUGGGAUUGGGAGAUGAUACAGCGCAAAUUACGCCCUCCGAAUUUGUUCAGAAAAUGUUAGAAGCACACCCCGACAAUAUUCAUGUGGUGUUGGGAACCUGCACGGGCGUGGAAACCGAUCAAGGAUCCGAACGAGGGAACCGCAAAAUUGUUGGCGUCAAAUACACACCACGCGACAAUAGUGACAACAAUAAUAACGACGAACAACUCUUGGCAGCGGAUGCCGUGGUUGUGUCGGCGGGACCUUGGUCCUGUGCCGCCGAAGAUUGGUUUCAAGGAGCCGUCAAGCUGCCCAUGGAGGGUGUCAAGAGCACCUCCAUUGUCUGGAAAAAGCCAGAAGGAGAAUCGGUGGAUGCCACGGCUCUCUUUUGUGGAGAAGACGAUCGAUUUGGUACCCAUCUCGAGGUCUACCCCCGUCCCGACGGCGAGAUUUACAUUUGCGGUAUCGGAGGAAGUGAUUACAUAUCCACAGAAGACCUCAAAAAUCUUGCAUUCUUGGAGGAUUGUAAUGCCAAAGAGGCCCGAGUACAAGCUGCCAAGAAUUCCUUUGAGCAAAUGUCAUCAAUUUACCGAACACAAGGAGAAUUGGAUCGAGUGCAAGCUUGUAUGAGGCCAUGUCCACCCGACGCCAAACCUUACAUGGGUGAAAUUCCAGGCUUUGAGGGUGCGUACAUCAACGCUGGUCACAACUGUUGGGGAAUUGCAUGGGCACCUGCCUGUGGAAAGGUCAUGUCAGAGCUGGUCUUGGAUGGCGAAGCACAAAGUAUUGACUUGAGGCCGUUCGAGCCAACGCGAUUCACACCAGCAGCCCAACGAGGGAACCGAGGUAGGAAAAAGAAAGGAACCAAUGUUGGAGAGCAGUGGUAG